CCGGGGGCAGUCACGACCGAGGCGGGGCGCGCUCUCCCCGGGGAGGUGGGCGGGGCGGAGGCCGGAGCGGCGGCUGCGACCAUGGGCAUCCCCGGCCGCCGGAGCUGAGCGCGAGCCGCGCGGUUCCUGCCCGGGCGCAACACCGUUCCCGCGCCGCCACGAUGAUCCCGCCCGGCGGCGCCCGCGAGGACGGCGGGGACGGGCUGCCCGGGGAAGCGGCGAGCGCCGAACUGCCCCCGUCGCCCGCGUCGAGCGGCAGCCAGGAAUCCAAGCUCCAGAAACUAAAACGAUCACUUUCUUUCAAGACCAAGAGUUUACGGAGCAAAAGUGCUGACAACUUCUUCCAGCGAACCCACAGCGACGCGAAACUCCAAGGGGACAUGCUGGCUGAGGACAGCCCCAGCUCCAGCCCACAUCCAAUGCCUGGGAGCCUGACAUCCACCCCCACCCGGGCUGGCCUGCACCCCGGCGACAAGGCCCAUGCCUUUCAGGAGCACAUCUUCAAGAAGCCCACUUUCUGUGACGUCUGCAACCACAUGAUCGUGGGAACAAAUGCUAAGCAUGGAUUGCGCUGCAAAGCUUGUAAGAUGAGCAUCCACCACAAAUGCAUGGAUGGCCUGGCACCCCAGCGGUGCAUGGGCAAGCUGCCAAAAGGGUUUCGACGUUACUACAGCUCCCCCUUGCUCAUUAAUGAACAGUUUGGAUGCAUUAAAGAAGUGAUGCCCAUUGCCUGUGGCAACAAAGUGGACCCUGUGUAUGAGACCCUUCGCUUCGGAACCUCCCUGGCCCAAAGGACAAAGAAGGGAAGCUCUGGAAGUGGCUCCGACUCACCUCACAGAACCUCUACUUCAGAUCUCGUGGAGGUUCCUGAAGAAGUUGAUGGGCCAGAUGGGUAUGACCUACGGAAACGCAGUAACAGUGUGUUUACAUAUCCAGAAAACGGAGCUGAUGAUUUUGGAGACCAAGCAAAGAACAUAAACCACCAGGGAUCUCUUUCCAAAGACCCAUUACCAAUGAACACCUAUGUUGCCUUGUACAAAUUUGUACCACAAGAAAAUGAAGAUUUGGAAAUGAGGCCAGGAGACAUGAUUACUCUUCUAGAAGAUUCCAAUGAAGACUGGUGGAAAGGGAAAAUCCAAGAUAGGAUUGGGUUUUUUCCAGCCAACUUUGUCCAGAGAGUACAAGACAAUGAGAAGAUUUUUAGAUGUAUUAGAACCUUCAUAGGGUGUAAAGAACAGGGACAGAUAACACUGAAAGAGAAUCAGAUCUGCGUGACUUCGGAGGAAGAGCAAGAUGGCUUCAUCAGAGUCCUCAGCGGGAAGAAGAGAGGCCUGGUUCCCCUGGAGGUCUUAGAAAAUGUAUGACUGCUGGUCCUGCCCUUAGCAGUGGGCACACUCUGUCUGCUGAGGUGCCUCCUCUCAUGGUGUCCACCAGGCGCUGCCACACCAACCCAGCCACCCAGGGAAUGGCCUGACAAGACUCAGGAUCUAAGAUUGUCCAGGAAGAGCCAUGGAACAGAAAGCUCAUGACUCAGCAGGCUGCCCCAGGUGGGGAUAAGGCUGAGUCCCCACAGAGCCAAGUGCUGUAUCUGGCGGAGGCAACAGGACCACCCCCCCAAAUCCCUCCAAGACUCCACUCCUUUCUUACCCACAUGUUGUAUGCUAACCCGCUGGACAGUGCUGCUGUUUGCAGUGUGGCCCCCAUGGGAGGUUCAGAUCCAUGCCACCAAGUAGGAUUCUGGUUCCAGACCUUUGUUCCCACUCCAUCAGCAUCAUCGCAUUGGAAACCCUGCCCAGUCUCUCUGCACAGCUCAGAAGGCCAUCUGCUCAGCUCCCAAAGGCCAGUUCUCCUAUCAAGCCCUCAACCUCUAAAGGAGGUCCCUUCAAUCCUCCUACUCAGACCCAUAUGGUUUGUAUUAGAGAGAAGGACUUUGUGGGUGUAACUCUGGAAACAAAGACUUGUCCUGCCCAAAGAUUGUUGACAGACAAAGGCCCUUCUGCACCUCUAGUGCCAACUGAGGACUAAGGCAUAGAUACAAAGGGAAAAUUGGAGUUAGAUAGGGCAGAGUGAAGAUAAUUCAGAGCUUUCUGUCAUGUAGUCCCUUCCCUAAGGAGGGACCAGGGAAGAGAAAGGGGCAGAAAGUCCCCAAAGGGGACCAUGUUCAUUUCAUAUCCUUUGUACUAGGGGCAGCAUUUUCUCUUGCACCCCCCUGGAAUACAAGGUUAAGCCCACCUGGCAAGGAACCAGGAACAUGGACGAGAUCAAUAACAGCAUCUUAAGAGAAAUGUAAUAUGAAUCUGUUCUUUAGGGCAGUCUAUUACACCCAAGCAGCUGUCAAUUGGAAGAAUAAUCCUUAUUGCUUCAUCCCUCUGAAAGCAGAGGAACUUGGGGCCAACUUAGCAUCCUCUAGGGGAAUCUCUGUUACUCUGUACUUGUACUAAUGUUUACAAGAAUGCAAUAUACUGUGAUGCCUUCCUCCUCAAGACUUCUCCUAGCACUUAAACUUGCAUCCUAGUCACCAUUAAUAGGUUGAACUUCAAUCCACAAUAACCUUAGAAUCAAUGUCAGUUCGGUUUGUUUUGUUACAAAGCAAUAAAAUCAUUAGAACAAUUGGUUUUUAAAAGACUUAAGUGGAUGCAUCCUGUGCAUGUAAGCAUUAUUCCCAUAACUAAAGCAUCAUUCAUCUCCAUUUCUUUCAUUUGUGACCACUUAGCAUGAAGCUGGGAGCUGAGAGAGGAUGGCUAAGGAGGGGAGGGGGGGUAUUCACAGUAGCUGGGAUGCCUUACUGUCAUCUUAAAGCCAGCAUCCAGAAGUUCCUCCUUCUCUGAUAAAACAUGCCCAACUAAUGUACAGAGUCAAGAUGGAUUAUUUGAGAGUCAGAACAAUAUGACUGCCAGUCUGUACAAUGAAUCAAUGGAAUGCCAGAGUACAAUGUACAUUGUCUCUAACUCAAUAUUCCAUUCAAUAAAGACAACCCAGUGUCUGA